CGACAGAGUAGGAGAGCCAGAGUAGUCGCGAUACCGUUCGCGAUCCCCGUAAUUGUCACGUUAAUUAUCGUCAGAAUUUCGCAUUGUUUAAAGAACAAUUUGUAAUUACCGUUAACGAGUCAAUCAAAUCGUAUUACGCUCCUCUGACCACACUCGACCGUUUUAUUUAUACAAAGAAACAGUACUUUUGUAGAUAUACGCCGAAAAUUCGUACAUAUACCAAAUAUAUCGAACCUAACCUCCAGACGCGAGAAUAUUUUUUCAGGUUAGGUGACAGAAUAGUUUUUGUAUACCGCUACACAUUUCAUAGUUUUAAAGAUACGUACGAAAAGAUGCCUGCACCGAAUUCCAUCAACGUAGCUGUUAUUUGUUCGAGUAAUAUGAACAGAAGCAUGGAAGCGCACGCUUUCUUGAGCAAAAAGGGAUUCAACGUGAAGUCGUUCGGAACUGGAGAUAAGGUGAAGCUGCCUGGGAACGCGCCGGACCGUCCUAAUAUUUAUGACUUUGGGACAUCAUACGACGAGAUCUACAAUGAUCUAUUAGCGAAAGACAAACAAUAUUAUACACAGAACGGUUUAUUGCACAUGUUGGACAGAAACCGUCGGAUAAAACCUAGGCCAGAACGGUUUCAACUGUCAAAGGAUAAGUUUGACAUUCUGAUCACUUGCGAGGAGCGUGUAUACGAUCAGGUGAUUGAAUGUAUGGAAUCUAGGACUCAGGAAGAGAAUCAACCUGCACACUUAAUCAAUAUUGAUAUUCAAGAUAAUCAUGAAGAGGCCACCGUAGGAUCAUUUCUUAUAUGCGAACUAGUUACAGUGCUGGCUAAUAGCGAGGACUUAGACAAUGACAUAGAUGAAUUACUUCACGAAUUCGAGUCGAAAUUCUCGAGAACGAUAUUGCACACUGUACUGUUUUACUGAAAAUCUGAUAACCCGUGAGAACGGCCAUCUGGAAGAUGGUGUUCUUUGAACCUCACAUACAAGCUUAUUUAUGAGAGAGAAGUUAUAUAUAUAUACAUAUAUAUAUAUAUAUAUAUAAAGUUAAAUACAUUUUGCCGCGUAUAAUCUCAUCCAUCGGACCGUGUGAACAUUCUGAAAUGAAUGAAGAGAAUUCAAUUCGUGCUUCCUACUUGACAAACAAUUAUUUAAAUUUAUUCAAAAUCUGAUUUGCGCGGAAUGUAAUCUCUACGGUUUAUUGCCGAGAUUGAUUACGGGUUGAUUGGUUACGGGAGAUUGGUUACGGGUGAAAUAUCGUCAUGCCGCGAGAUUCGCAGCGGUACACCGUACAGCUGCGAUCGAGCGCAGUCUGCCGGCUGUUGUGUGGUGCCGAAUUUUAGUAUGAUAUAUCUGAGUAAUCUGUUAGGGAAGUAAUAAAAUACGGAGAACGAGAGAGAGAAAGAAAGAGAGAUAAAAAAGUAUAAGAUAUCACUUUCGCAAAUCAACUAGAUUUUAGCAUAUGUACAUAUAUUGUGUAUAACAGA